GUCGUAUUUUUAAAACUAAAGUGAUGAUAUUUUGAGGUAUUCGAGAUGGGGUACCAUGACCCAUUUUCUACAACCGGAUGUACCCAGCUGCAGGUAACAGUUGAUUCUUUUAGAGUUGGAGAGCUAAACAGUUUUGACACAUUUCAAAAAUCUGCAGUCCCAUAAAAUUACACUUCCGCUCCUGCUUUCAGAACUCCUUUUCUGGUGGUAACUGAUUAUCGGUUAAAACAUCAGAAAUGGCAGUGGCGCCGGCCUCAUUUGCAAUAACACCACACAAAGUUUCCGUCUGUAUCAUGCUCCAAAUGUAUGCCAUCCCCACGGAAACUAUGCCGCCUUUCCCCUUCUCGUCUGUGGCGCAGCAUAACCGCUUCGGUUUGUAUAUCUUAUCUCUCGUCAAGUCUUUUGAUGAUAUCUUGGAGCCAAAAUUGGAGGAACUCAUUAGUCAGUUGAGGGAAAUUGGAGGUCCAUUGGGCCACUGGUUAAUUGAUCAUUUAACAAGUAGGGUUUCAUCUCUUUCAUCGCCUGAUGAUUUGUUCACCUUUUUUAGUGAAAUGAGAGGAAUCCUUGGAGUUAACCAAGUUAUUCUUGAUCCGAAUAGUAUCCUUGGAAUGUUUCUCCGUCGUUGUAUACUGGCUUUCAACUUGUUAUCUUUUGAGGGUGUGUGCCAUCUAUUGACAAAUAUAGGGAUUUAUUGUAAAGAAGCCCUUUCAAGUUGCCUGCCAUAUGAUUUGCAUCGUUUAGAUGGUUCUAGUAAUGAUUUAGAGUCAUUAUCAGAUUAUGAAAAUAUGGACCUGGAGAAUUUUGUUUUGGGGAAAUUUACUGAGGAAAUUGAAGAAAGAAAGCAGGCUAAUGAAAGAGUUCCUUUUCACCUUCAUGCACCCCAAGCACUCUGUUCAUCGGUUGAAGGUGUUGAAGGUUGCCCACAUGUACAUCCUCCAGGAAAUGCAUCAAGCGAUGUUGAUCCCUUCGGUGAGGUAUUCCUACGAACAAACUGGCAGGUGCAAGGUUACUUAAUGGAGCAAGCAGAUGCAAUUGAGAAACAUGGCAGCUCUUUCUGUUCUAAUGCUUUUGAACUUAUUUUAAGGCAGAUAAAAAAAUUGGCUCCUGAGCUACAUCGUGUUCAAUAUUUACGUUACUUGAAUAGCCUUUAUCAUGAUGAUUAUUUUUCUGCUGUGGAGAAUCUUCAUAGCUACUUUGAUUACAGUGCAGGGACUGAGGGAUUCGAUUUUGUUCCACCUUCUUCUGGGUCUAGUAACUCUGAAAGAUAUGAGAUUGCUUUGUUAUGUUUGGGGAUGAUGCAUUUCUACUUUGGGCAUCCAAAGCAAGCUUUGCUGGUCUUGACUGAAGCAGUUCGUGUUUCUCAAGAGCAAAGUAAUGACAGUUGUCUUGCUUACACUUUAGCGGCUAUCUGCAACUUGUCAUCUGAAAUUGGUAGCUCAAUUAUGACUGGAAUACUUGGGACAUCAUGCUCGCCUAUGACCAGCAUGGGCACUUCCGUUUCUGUUGCACAACAGUUGUUUGUUCUCUUGAGAGAGUCUUCAAAGAGAGCAGAAAGUUUGAAGUUGAAAAGAUUGAUUGCUUCUAAUCAUCUUGCAAUGGCUAAAUUUGAUUUGAUGCAUGUGCAAAGACCUCUGCUAUCCUUUGGCCCUAAAGCUUCCAUGAAGCUAAAAACUUGUCCAAUCAAUGUUUGCAAGGAACUGAGGUUAUGUUCUCAUCUAAUUGGUGAAUUUGCUUCUGAAACUUCCUCUGUGACAACUGAUUGUGCUUUUAGUACUGCCUGGCUUAAAAAUUUGACAAAACCAACGGGUUCACUAGUGUUGAUUCAGGAGAAUGGAUCUGGACAAAAUUUCCACACUUUUUUCUGUGCACAACCAAGUUCAAUUCCUAGAUCUGUUCUGCAAUUAUUAGGCUCUUCGUACUUGCUCCGUGCAACUGCUUGGGAGACAUAUGGCAGUACUCCUCUUGCUCGAAUAAAUGCUCUGGUUUAUGCAACUUGCUUUGCUGAUUCCUCAAGUUCAUCAGAUGCAGCACUAGUGCAUGCAAAGCUUAUCCAACACAUAGCGGCAUUUCAAGGAUACAAAGAAGCCUUUUCUGCUCUUAAAUUAGCCGAAGAGAAAUUUUUAUCUGUCUCAAGAUCAGUAAUUUUGGUAUUGAAACUGCAGCUGCUUCAUGAACGUGCUUUACAUAGGGGACAUCUAAAACUAGCACAACAAGUAUGUGGUGAACUUGGAGUUUUGGCUUCGUCUGCCACUGGUGUGGACAUGGGGCUGAAGCGAGAAGCAAGCCUUCGCCAUGCUCGUACAUUGCUUGCAGCAAAUCAAUUCAGCAAGGCUGCAGGUGUUGCACAUUCCCUCUUUUGUAUGUGUUACAAAUUCAAUAUGCAAGUUGAGAAUGCCACUGUUCUUCUUCUGCUAGCUGAAAUUCACAAGAAAUCAGGAAAUGCUGUUUUAGGCCUUCCAUAUGCAUUGGCAAGCCUCUCAUUUUGCCAGUCGUUCAACUUGGAUCUUCUCAAGGCAUCAGCUACUCUGACCCUCGCUGAGUUGUGGCUUUUGUUGGGAUCGCAGCAUGCAAAAAGGGCCUUAUCACUUAUCCAUGGGGCUCUUCCAAUGGUUCUUGGCCAUGGGGGUCUGGAGCUUCGAGCCAGGGCUCGGAUUGCCGAAGCAAAAUGCUAUCUUUCUGAUCCAAGCUAUUCAGUUUUUGAAGAUUCUGAGAUUGUGCUAGAAUCUUUGAAGCAAGCUUCUGAUGAGCUUCAGGUGUUGGGGUAUCAUGAACUGGCUGCGGAAGCGUUCUACUUGAUGGCCAUGGUAUAUGGCAAACUGGGAAAACUAGAGGAAAGGGAAGAAGCUGCAGCUUCGUUCAUGAAACAUGUAAUGGCUCUUGAGAAUCCUCAGGAUGAGGAUGAUCCUUUGUUCAAUUCAUUAUGAUAAAAACCAAAAUUGUCUUCCAUAUGAAUUUAAAUUAUGAAUUAUUUAAUAUUUUAUCUAUUUGAUCUCCCUUGAAUUUAAUUUAUGCUGUUACUUCUGCUCAUUCCUGUCAUAAUCUAGAGAUGAAUAUGUAUAAAAAGAAAAGGUGUUAAUAGAGUUGGUCAGUGAUCCUUUUCUCGUUGUAAA